AUGGCGCAGCACCAGGACCCUAACCAACAGCCGUUCCCUCAAGCAUACGGCCAUCAAGGGCCCAGGGAACCACCGGCUUACCCUGCAGGCCCUCCUCCGCCAGCUGCAGCUUACGGCGUCGCAGGAGGCUACCCAGGCAACAAUCAGCAGGGGAACGCAUAUGCUGCUCAAUACGGAGGUGCCCCCUACCCAGCCACCUACGGGGGGCCGUAUGCGGGUAUGCCUCCUCCAUACCCACCCGCUGCCCCUGCGUAUGCGGGGGCCCCUGCAGGGGUAUAUCCCUACGCGCAGCAAACUCCGGUCUAUGGCAAGGCAACGAACUCGGUACCAAGCAGUAUGGAAAUGGGAGGCCUUCCCCGGCAUCCCUCGGCAAUGGCAGAAGACAAGAUAACGGAAGAAUCGAGCAUCGAGAUCCGUCACGCCUUCCUCCGCAAAGUUCUUGGCAUUCUUGCCAUUCAAAUCCUCUUUACGUUCGGAGUCUCUUCAGUCUUUGGAUUCGUGCCGGCUCUCCGAUCCUUCCUGCUCAACAACUACUGGUUGGCUAUCGUUGCCGCGAUCGGCGGCCUCGUUUUGCAGCUUGUACUGGUGUGCGUUCCCAACCUGGCGCGCAAGGUGCCCGCAAACUUUAUGCUUAUGACGCUCAUUACUUUCUGCUACGCUAUUCUACUCUCCUGCGCCGCCGCUGCCUCCUCGUGGCAGGCUUUCCUAAUUGCAAUCGGUUCCACCUUUGUUGUGGUUGUGGGCCUAAUGCUUUUUGCCUGCCAAACCAAAUACGACUUCACGGGAUGCGGGACGUAUCUCUUUGUUGCAAUGAUGUGCCUCUUAAUAUUUGGGAUUUUGUGCAUCUUCUUUACCAACCGAGUCAUGCACCUCGUGUAUUCAAGCAUUGCAACGCUCCUCUUCUGUCUUAUUCUCUUGGUGGUUGGAGGAAAGCACCGGCGGUACCAGUAUUCCAUAGAUGACUAUAUUUUUGCGGCUUUGACGCUCUACAUGGAUAUCAUUAUCAUCUUCAUGAACAUCCUGGCGAUUGCAGACAAUUCAUAA